GGCUCUUUAGAUACAAGGGAAUGCGGGAUUUACGGGAUCAUCGAUAACAUGGAGAUUGUUACACGUAAAGUAAUCAAGGACUCGAGUUGAAAUCUUCCAGAAAGCAAAAAUCAAAAACAUUGUCACACUGUAAUAUAGACAAAAUGAGGGGUUUAGCUUAACAAGUAUUUAUCGAUAUUUUCUCGCGUUGUUUUCCGCAUCACCACAUGAAGAGGCCAUCACAGCUCACCCCUUUUGUUCACCAUAGAGCCUCUAUAGAGUGUAGAAUACCUUGAACUCCCGGUUGUUGGGAUGGCGCUUAGACAGCACGAGCAGGAGCUUGCCCAUGUGCUCCUAACGGAGCUGCUGGCGUAAGUAGUUGGUCCGAAGUCAACAUUUAUGAAUGGUAGAGUAUAACGCGUCUCAUAACAGGUAUCAGUUCGCCAUGCCGGUGCGGUGGUCCGAAACGCAGAGUGUCCUCUUCGACAAGGCCGGCGUAGAGAAGCUAGUUGAGUUUGGACCAUCAACUACCCUCUUGAACAUGGCGAACAAAACCCUGGCCCAAUUCAACCAAGAGUCAGACGCAGUCAACGGAUUGAAGCGAUCUCUCCUCUCGAUCAGCACCAAUUAUGACGACCUGCGCUAUGAUACGCUCCCUCCUGUGGAGCUGGAAAGAAAGGAGAGCCCGAAGCUAGAGAAGAGCCCGGAUCCGAAACAUGCAACGGAACCGAUCGCUCUUGAGGCCCCUAUCCACGAAAAUGUGCCACCCGCAAAGGGAAACCUGCCCAUACCAGACGUCCCAAUUACCGCUUUGGAGUCAGUCAGCGCCCUUGUUGCAAGCAGCCUGAAGCGGCCUGCUUCGGAUCUCAAACUGGGAGACAGCAUAAAAGCUGUCUCAGGGGGUAGAUCCAUAGUACAGAACGAGAUAGUCGGAGACAUGUUAGAAGAAUUCGGACCAUUGGCCGACGAUGUCGAGAACGUACCCCUGGAAGAACUGGCUUCGAUAAUCCAGAAAUCGUACGACGGGAGGAUGAGAAAGUGCCUGAGAGCCCGCGUCGAGAAGAUGAUAUCGUCAAAGAUGCCCGGAUCGUUUGAUUUGAUAUCAGCCAGAUCUUUCUUGGAGGACAAAUGGCGUCUGGCUUCUGGGAGACAAGACGCGGUUCUUCUGAUCGCGCUUGGCCAGCAGCCGGCGGCGCGACUCAAGAAGAAUGAAGAGGCCGAAGCUUUCUUUGACGCUAUCGCCCAAGGGUACUUGACCAGCGCAGGGUUGUCGAGGCAAAGGAACGUGGAAGCGGCAGACCCAAAGCAGACACUUCUUGAUUUGAAAGUAGUCCAGCAGCUCCGCGAUGAGUAUUCUACGUUGAGAAAGAAGGUCGCCGCUCUCCUUUCCGACGACGAUGAAUCCGCGACAUCACCGUCGCAAACUAGCGACAAUUUCUCGCAGAUCCAGGAUAAGAUUGAUCUGUACGAGAGUGAGCUGGGCGAGGACUUCUGCAACGGCAUCAAGCCGACCUUCAACGCCGACCACCAACGAUCGUAUGAAUCCUCUUGGAACUGGGGCCAUGUCGACCUCAUCGACGAGUACUACAAGCUCAUCGGGUCAAAUACGAGCCCGCGGAACCUCGAGGCAGUUAUUGCUAGCCUGAGAGGUAGGAUGAGUGGCAGGCUCGAGAGAACCCGACAAUAUCUUCUAAGCAGAAUUUCGUCAUCCGGUAACGAUUCGAGGGAAUCCGUUAAAAAGCUGCUCGAAGGCCUCGGAAGUGACAAUUUUAGCGAGGAGGGCAGUUAUUCCCCGAGCACGCAAACAUCAAGCCCGGUGAUCAUACCACUGUCCGGAGCGGCCCAGGAGGCCCAUCCAAUUCUGUUACUCGAACCCACUCAGAUAGCCUCAAGCCAUCAAAGUCUCAGUCAGAAGCUUGGCAACCCCGGAUCUCCCCGCAUACUGAGGAGAGGGCAAGCAGCGUGGAAGCCCGAUCCGUGCUUGACGGCCUACAUGGGGCUCGAGAGUGCCAUCACGCCGACUACUUUUGCCGAGAAAAAUGUCCUCCUAACCGGCGCCGGCCCGAAUUCGAUAGGCAUCGCCCUCCUGGAGUUGCUCCUCCGGGGCGGCGCGAGGGUGCUCGUGACGACCAGCAGAGCGAUGCGUGACGCCGGGCCCAUCUACCAGGAGGUGUUCGCGCGGCACGGAGCGCGCGGGUCACGGCUCGUGGUCGUGCCGUGCAACCAGGGCAGCCAGCAGGAUGUAGAGCGGUUGGUGGCCCACGUUUACGACCCGGCGAAGGGCCUGGGGUGGGACCUGGACUUCGUGGUGCCGUUCGCGGCGGUGCCCGAGAAGGGCCGCGAGAUUGAUGCGAUCGACUCGCGGUCGGAGCUCGCGCACCGCGCCAUGCUGACCAACGUCCUGCGCAUCCUAGGCGCCGUUAAGGCGGCUAAGCAGGGGCGGGGGUCCCGCACCCGGCCCGCGCAGGUCCUGCUGCCGCUGUCCCCCAACCACGGCGCGUUCGGCGGCGACGGCUUGUACUCCGAGUCCAAGCUCGGCCUCACGGCGCUCCACAACAAGUGGUUUUCAGAGAGCUGGAGCGACUACUUGUGCCUGUGCGGCGUCGUUAUCGGCUGGACUCGGGGCACCGGCUUAAUGGCGGCCAACGACGCCAUCGCGGACGAGAUCGCUAAGCGCGGUAUCAUGACUUUCUCCACCGAAGAGAUGGCCCGACAUCUGGCCGCACUCAUGUCUGGCCGCGUGGUGUCCGUUUGCCAGACAGAAUGCCUCCUGGCGGACCUGAGCGGAGGCAUGGGCAGCGAUCCCGGCUUAGCCGAAUUCGUAGCGCAGAUACGGACCGAAAUUCGUCAGAGCGAUGAGAUCAGACGAGCUAUUUCCGACGAGGAAGCACUUGACGAGGGCAUUAUUCGAGGGAUUCUCGCUCCAACUCCCCCACCAAAUUCAACGCCACCGAUAUCGCCUAUGGAAGACUUAGAUCUGGGCUUCCCUAAGCUUCCAGAGUACGCUACCGAGAUAAAGCCCCUGAACGCCCAACUUGACGGCAUGGUGGACUUGGAAUCGGUCGUAGUGGUCGUAGGCUUCGCCGAGAUCGGGCCGUGGGGCAACUCGAGGACGAGAUGGGAGAUGGAACUCAACGGGGAGCUCUCGGUCCAGGGAUGCAUCGAGCUGGCCUGGAUGACCGGGCUCAUCAAGCACAAUCCGAAGCCGGCAGGCACCUCCUCACCGAGAGGCGCCGCUGGUGCCGCGUGGAUUGACGUAGAGACCGGCGCGCCCAUCCACGGGGUCGAGGUGAAGGCGAAGUACGAAAAGAAGAUCCUGGCGCACGCGGGGCUCCGGCUGAUCGAGCCGAGCCCGCUGGACCACCCGGACCGGGAGAGCCAGCAGUUCCUGCAGGAGGUCGUCGUCCAGCACGACCUGGAGCCGUUCACGGCGUCGCUAGACACGGCGACGGAGUUCGCGCGCGAGCACGGGGACAAGGUCGACGUGAGGCCGGUCGCGGGGAGCGACCAGUACUCGGUGCGGCUGCGCCGGGGCGCCACGGUCCUGGUGCCCAAGGCGCGGGCGUUCGACCGCAUCGUCGGCGGGCAGCUCCCGACGGGCUGGGACCCGACGGCGUACGGGCUGCCGGCGGACCUGUGCGAGAGCGUCGACCGGUGCACGCAGAUGGCGCUCGUGUGCGCGGCCGAGACGUUCCUGUCCGCCGGCAUCCCCGACGUCUACGAGCUCUAUGGCGGGAUGCACCCGUCCGAGCUGGCCAACUGCGUCGGGUCCGGCCUCGGCGGCGGCCGGUCCCUGCAGAAGCUCUACCGCCAGCGCUACCUCGACCGGCCGGUGCAGAGCGACAUCCUCGCCGAGGUGUUCGUCAACACGACCGGCGCCUGGCUCAACAUGCUCCUCAUGGGCGCCGCCGGCCCAACCCGCACGCCCGUCGGCGCUUGCGCCACUGCCCUCGAGUCCCUCAACCAGGGCUACGACCUGAUCGCGUCCGGAGCCGCCCGCGUCUGCCUCGUCGGCGGGUACGACGACAUGACCCAGGACACAUCAGCCGAGUUCGCGCGCAUGCGCGCCACCGCCGACAGCGCGGCCGACGUCCGGGGCCGCGGCCGCGCCCCCGCCGAGACCUCCCGCCCGUGCGCGGCGUCGCGCUGCGGCUUCGUCGAGGCCGAGGGCUGCGGCAUGCAGCUGCUCGCGAGCGCGCAGACCGCGCUCGAGCUCGGGCUCCCCGUCCGCGCCGUCGUCGCCCACGUCCAGACCGCUAGCGACGGCGUCGGCCGCUCCGUCCCCGCGCCCGGCAAGGGCAUCAUGGUCAACGUGCGCGAGGACCCGUCGGCCGCGCGCGGGCCGUCGCCGCUGCUCGACAUCGGCUACCGCCGGCGCCUGCUCGAGCGCGCCCUGGCGUCGAUCCGCGAGCAUCGAGAGCUGCUCUCUGCCCCGGAUGCGCCUGAGCCUAGUCCCUCCGGUUCCCUAGACGAGGAGGCCGAGCUCGCCUCGCGGCGCGAGGAGAGGGAGGCGCGGCGGCGGUUCGGCAACGGGUUCUGGACGCACGACGCGCGCAUCUCGCCGCUGCGCGGCGCGCUCGCAGUCUGGGGCCUGACGGCCGACGACAUCGGCGUGGCGUCGCUGCACGGGACGUCGACGGUGCUCAACGAGAAGAACGAGGUGGAAGUGCUGCACCGGCAACUGGCGCGGCUCGGGCGGACGCCGGGCAACGCGGCGCUCGCGGUGUGCCAGAAGUACCUGACGGGGCACCCCAAGGGCGCGGCGGCGGCGUGGAUGCUCAACGGGUGCUGCCAGAUCCUCGACGCGGGCGCCGUGCCGGGCAACCGCAACGCGGACGACAUCGACGCCGCGCUCGAGCCCUGGGAGCACCUCGCGUUCCCCGGGCGCACCAUCGCCGUCGGCGACGUGCGCGCCUUCACCGUCACGAGCUUCGGCUUCGGCCAGAAGGGCGCCCAGGCCCUCGGCGUCCACCCCCGGUUCCUAUUCGCGACAGUCGAUGAGCAGCGCUACGCCGAGUACUGUCGCCGCCGCCAGCGGCGCUAUUUCCGAGCGAAGCAGCACUUCCAGAACACGUUUUACGGUAGCCACAUGGUAGUACUGAAGGACGAUCCGCCAUACCCUAAAGAGCGCCAAGUCGAGGCUUUGGUUGAUGCAACUGCGAGAUUUGGAUGAUGGGGAAGACACUGCGGCGGAUUUCCUUUUCUCUCUCUUUUUCUCCAUGCGCUUUUACGAACGUCUCUCGCUUUAUUUUUCACUUCACGAACAUAUAUUAUGUAAUCCGCACGGAAGCGUUGGUUAUAAGAGAGACUGGGUAAGCCCAGCGAUGCCAUGACUCGCGGACACGGAGGAGCGGAGGAAUCUUUCUUACCCGGUGAGACUUUCGGGCGCGUAAUUGAAAUCCCAAUAUAACUCACAAUAUCACUUAUGAAAUGAUAUCUCACGAUUUAAGAGCUGGGGGUGUCUUAGAGACCCUGUAUGUGUGAUACUUGUGCAUCCGGUGAAAACUGCCAGAAGGGAAGCCAGCAUAUCGCGCGAUACGACAGAUGUGAUUAACCACAGCCACAAAAGCACUGGUACCAGAUUAAAAGUCGUAUGGCUCACACGAAGCGCCUACCAUACUACCACGCG